UGGUUUAGUGAGGUCAUUGCACCCUGACAGAUCCGGAGUGAAUGUGUGUGUUUCUGUUGUGGGGAGACGGAGGAUAGAUUUGUGAUAAGGGAGCGGCCUUCCCGGCAGCGUGUUUGGUUCUAGAUCAGUCUCCACCCACUAGACAUGGUCAUGAAGCAAUGUCCGGCAUGUGCGCAGCAGAUCCCAGUUGCCUGUAAAAGUUGUCCUUGCGGCCACCUCUUCAUGAGUAAGCGACCUUUGAACCCCAAGCCCCUGUCCGCAGCCUCAGACGGCUGUCCCGAGGACAGCAGGCAGGGGGAGGAACAUCUCGCCGACCCUGACUGGAAGGAAGGUCAGGACAAACCUGUCAGGGUCAAACGUCGAAGGUCAAACCGCAGCUGUAUCACAGACACCGAGAGCUUCAUCAAAAAGGUGACGUUAGAAGCAGACAGAGACGACACCAACAGUAACAUCAGCGAGGCCAGCGCCGCCUCCACAUCAGCCGAGCAGGGGGAGGGAGCUCCCAGGAAGAAACGGCCGGGGAGGCCGAAGGGCACGGUCAGCAAGAACAAGGACGGGAACAGCGCUGAGAAAGAGAAGAAUGCGGAGGAGGAAAUGUUCAACAACCUGACGUUAGAACAGAAGCUGCUGUACUCCAUAGCGCUGGCAGACAUCAACCACAAACUCAGAGGACAGCGCUUCAAAAUACCGGACUAGAACACAAACUCAGCGCUUCAAAAUACCGGACUAGAACACAACUCAGUGCUUCAAAAUACCGGACUAGAACACAAACUCAGCGCUUCAAAAUACCGGACUAGAACACAAACUCAGCGCUUCAAAAUACCAGACUAGAACACAAACUCAGCGCUUCAAAAUACCGGACUAGAACACAAACUCAGCGCUUCAAAAUACCGGACUAGAACACAAACUCAGCGCUUCAAAAUACCGGACUAGAACACAAACUUAUCGCUUCAAAAUACCGGACUAGAACACAAUCAGCGCUUCAAAAUACCAGAUUCCUGGCCCUCUGCAUUUGUUGCAAUGUUAGCAUGAGAGUUACAGAGUAGGAGGCACUAGGAAGUGUUUAGUUUUUAUAUAAUACUAAUAGUUUAAGUUAGAAUCAGUAGCUUGAAGUUGUGAGCUUUGCCAGUGGGUCCUGUGGCAUGUUUCUAUCUCUCUAUUUCAGUCUUUCCAUAAUGAAGCAGUUUUAUUGACUGAAUCUUACAAGUUGAAGUUGAAGUGCCUUCAGAUUUUUUCUGCAUCCCUUAACACUGUCCAGAUAUCUUUACCUUACGAAACCUGGAGUCUAAGUAAAGGUGAUGUUUGCUUGUGCAGGUUUUUAGAAUAGCUCUGACCAGACUGGUCUGGGUCCCAGUAUCUCCGGGAUAUUCCUGUACAAAAAUGUUAGAAAUCUUCAGACUUCACCUUUCUUGGAUUCUGCCCUCAUGCUUAAAAAUGUCUCCAACAUAAAUCUCAUUGAUAUAUACUACAGGCUUUGUACAGACUUACACAGAAAUGGCGGUCCGUCGGUUAGAAAACUUGUAAAUAAAUUAGAUAAUGUUCCUAGUCAAGUGUUUUUGCCAGCUGUGCCAUUACAAACUGUACAUUUCAAGUCAUUCCCUGUGAUGGUGCAGAGCAUAAGGGAUAAUAUUUCAAAUUGAGGAAUCCGUAUUGUACAUACAUGUGUAGCAAAGCUAGGAUGUCCUUUCUAAGUGCACUUGUGGGUGUAGAUUAUGCUCAUCCAGACUGGGUAAGAUUAAAGUGUAGCCUUCAGCAGAGUGUAUUAUUUUGACUUGAUUGUAAAGAAUAAAAAGUCAUACAGAAAUUCUAUAUUGAUAACAACCAAAUGUACUUGUGCUAAUCAUUGUUUGGGAUGCUGGGUUUGUUUUUAUAGGCAAGGAGUGUUAGGAAGUUAGGGACACUAGAAAUCGUGUACUAUUUGGAAAAUAUUAGACAUUUAACUGUU